CUUGUUCGCCCUCUACUGGACUGACUCUCAAGCCUUGGACUUUGGACAAGGUCUAUUUACCGGAUUUGACGAUAUAAAAGAACCUAAAAGCCAAAUAAAGUUUUCCACGACGUAUCUACGUACUGCCAUUGGACUUGUUAGCAAGGAUAUUGUAUUGAAAUGAAAUUUUUUGUGUUUGUUUUGACGGUGGUGUUGUUGGGGCUAGCACAGGGGGAUGAUAAUCGAAUUCAUAAGAAAGGUUACUGUGUUUGGUAUGAUCAAUGUCUUAAUCAGGGAGGAAGGACGUUGAAUUGUCUCUACAAUGGCCCUGCAAAAACAAUGAACGACACCAAGGGCCUUGAGCUCCUCAACAAAAUUUGUCCAAAGUAUGCUGCCGAUAGGAAGACCUGUUGCUCAACWAGCCAGCUYAAGACUCUUGAUGAUAAUCUAAACACUUUAAGACAGUUUGCAAGUCGGUGCCCAGCUUGUCUGACAAAUUUGAUUGACAUGUUUUGCGAAUCAACCUGCAGCCCUGAUCAGUCUGUUUUCAUGGAUCCAGUAAUGCUAUUGCCUCCUUUUCCAAUGCCAGGUCAAAAUCAGUCCAUCCUGAGUAUCAACUAUUAUGCUUCUCCUGAAUUCAAGAAAGGUGUAUUUGAUUCAUGUAAAGAUGUUGUUUUCCCAGAAAACAAUGAGAAAAUCCUUAAUCUCAUUUGCGGAGAGAGUGCAGAAACAUGUACCCCCGAGAAACUAGUAACAUACAUGGGCAGUACAAGUAAUGGGAUGUCUCCAUUUGAUAUAAUCUUUCCUGAAGUGAUCCCUCAGRACMUGACAUGGAUGAAUGCAGAGACGUUCAAGUGUAAUGAAAGCUUUGUCAAUCCUUGGACCAAUAAAACACAGCUAAAAUGCAGCUGUCAAGACUGUCAAUCAUCAUGCCCAGUGCUCCCCCCUGAACCACAAACAGGCAACCAUAAGACCAUCCUUGGAUUACGAGUUCUAUCGUUUUCUCUUCUUCUCAUUUAUUUGGCUUUCUUGUUCACAUUCAUACCAAUUAGCUUCUACCUGAUAUUGCAAAGAAGAAAGAGUUAUACACGCAUCCCUGAUGGACCUGAGCCAGUACCCUCUAAUAUGCCAUACACAGAUGGCAAAGCUCCAAACGCUCUCAAAGUACAAACAAUUCGAAGACCAGGGUGUUGUGAAAAGAUGGGAUUCUGGAUGGAUAAGAAAUUGAAAGAUCUGUUCUUCAAGUGGGGGCAAUGGUGCAGUCUACACCCAUUCAUUGUGAUAAUUGCCGCUGUCUUGUUUGUUGGGAUUUUAGCAGGAGGACUGAAGUUCUACAAGGUUACAAAGAAUCCUGUGGAUUUGUGGUCAGCGCCUGGAAGUACUGCCAGAACGGAAAAGAACAUCUAUGAUAAAAAGUUUACUCCAUUUUAUCGUACAGAACAGUUGAUCAUAACGGUGAACCCUGAUUAUCCUCAGAACAACACAGGAUAUCAUCAGUAUCCUGACAGUAAAUUCAUUCCCUUUGGAAAUGUUUUCCACUUGGACUUGUUGAAUCAGUCUCUAGAUCUCCAAAUAGCAUUGACAUCAAUGAAGGUCCCCUACACAGAAAAUGGACGCACUACCAACAUAACACUUGAAGAUGUCUGCUUUAAGCCUCUUGCUCCUUACAAUGACAAAUGUGUCAUCCAGAGUAUCUUUCAAUAUUUCCAAAACAGCAAGACAAAGCUGAAUAAAUGUCUAACAGACCAGGAAAUGGUUUGUAGUGAACACCCUGAGCAGAACUUUAUGUCUGACUUCCAUGAUCACGUCCGCUACUGUACCAGUGCCCCGUCAUCCAUUUAUGAUAAGAAGUUUGGUGGUAUUCCGUGUCUGGGUGAAAACGGUGUUCCAGUCAACCCYAACAUUAUUCUGGGAGGUUUCMAUGGCACAGAAUACAACAUGGCCAAYGCYAUGAUUAUCACAUUUGUUGUCARCAAUCACAUUGAUGAAAGCAAAAAURUCAAAGCUGAGGCUUGGGAGAAGGCAUUCAUAGAGUACAUGAAGAACUAUGUGAAAGACCCACAGAAUAGCAACUUAGUCAUYAGUUUUUCAUCUGAAAGAUCCAUUCAAGAUGAGCUUGAUAGAGAGAGUGCAACUGAUGUUUUAACCAUUCUUGUUAGCUACACUAUUAUGUUUGUUUACAUCACUAUCGCCCUGGGGCAGGUGAAUUCUUGUAGUAGGAUAUUGAUUGAUUCAAAGUUCACUCUUGGAUUCUGUGGCAUCAUUAUCGUCCUGUGCUCUGUGGUUUGUUCUAUUGGUUUUUGGAGUUACGUCGGUGAACCAGCAACUUUAAUCAUCAUUGAGGUCGUACCUUUCCUGGUUCUUGCUGUGGGUGUUGAUAACUUCUUUAUUCUAGUGCAGGCAUAUCAACGUCUUAACCGUUACAGUAAUGACGAUAUCCCAACUAAGAUUGGACAUGCUCUUGGUGAAGUUGCCCCUAGUAUGCUGCUGUCGUCAUUAGCUGAGUCUGUGGCGUUUGCUUUUGGUGCUAUGUCCAAUAUGCCUGCUGUGAAGGUGUUUUCUCUCUAUGCUGCUGUUGCAGUCUUUAUUGAUUUCAUUUUCCAAAUCACAUGGUUYGUCGCAUUGAUGUACCUUGAUGCUAAACGACAAGAAAGCAAUCGCAUAGAUAUCCUGUGCUGUGUUAAAGAUAAGAACAGCAUUGCUACCUAUGAAGAAGGUUUCUUGUACCAAUUUAUAGARAAGUUCUAUGCCCCUGCAUUGCUGUCAGACUACGUGAGACCUUGUGUGAUGGCUUUCUUUGUUGGUACUCUGUUUGCAAGUAUUGCAAUGUCUGCGCAAUUGUCAGUUGGUUUGGAUCAAGAGCUGGCCCUUCCAAAGGAUUCAUUUCUGCUGAAUUGGUUCAAAGAUAUGAAGCAAUACCUCCAUGUUGGUCCACCUGUAUACUUUGUCCUUGAUGGUCCGUAUGAUUAUGAGCAUAAAUUAACCCAGAAUAUGAUAUGUGGAUCCGCUGGAUGUGAUUCUAAUUCUCUUGUCCAACAAGUCUUYACUGCUUCACUGCGACCUAACAGCUCAAAGAUCAAAAUGUCAGCAUCUUCAUGGGUUGAUGACUAUUUUUCCUGGCUGGAUCCCAGCAGUACCUGCUGCCGUGUCCUUCACAACAAGACAUGUACAACGUUUAAUGUAACAGACUCCAAUAAGACCCAUCAGAUAACGAAUUGUACAAUCGAUGAUAAACCCAUCAUGCCUUUAGUCUUAUGCAAUGCUACAGAUCACACGCAUGACGCUCAAUGCACACCUUGUAUGAAUAAUUCACAGUCAAACGAACGUCCCACACCCAAACAGUUUGACAUGUUCUUACCACUAUACCUCCAAGAUAUCCCAGAAACCACCUGUGCGAAGGGCGGCCAUGCAGCAUAUGGUAAUGCUCUACAGUUCAACAAAGAUCCAGCAGCAAAGCAUCUUGUCAAUUCGUCAUACUUCAUGUCUUAUCAUACUAUUCUAAAGACWUCUGAUGAUUUUGUGGCUGCUCUGAAGAGUGCAAGAAAGAUAGCUGACAAUAUAGCUAAAACUAUCAAUGACCCAAAUGUCAAAGUGUUUCCUUACAGUGUUUUCUACGUCUUCUAUGAACAGUAUCUCACUAUCGUGAAAGAUUCCUGGCAAAAUCUUUUGUACUGUGCUGCGUCUGUUUUCAUGGUGACUUUCCUUCUAAUGGGUUUUAAUCUGAGUAUUGCUGCCAUAGUAACGUUCACAGUAGCUAUGAUCAUCACUAACCUGUUAGGCUUGAUGUACUUAUGGGAUAUCUCCUUGAAUGCCAUAUCGCUAGUCAACCUUGUUAUGGCUGUUGGCAUAUCUGUGGAAUUCUGUUCACAUAUAUCAAGAGCUUUUGCAGUUAAUCUAAAAGAGACUAAGAUUAAAAGAGCGCAGGACUCAUUAGCACAYAUGGGAAGCUCUGUAUUAAGUGGUAUUACUCUUACUAAAUUUGGUGGUAUAAUUGUACUUGCCUUCGCAAAAUCAAGAAUAUUUGAGGUUUUUUAUUUCCGAAUGUACCUGGGAAUGGUUCUGUUUGGUGCUCUACACGGCCUCGUGUUUCUACCUGUGUUUUUAAGCUACAUUGGYCCCAAGCCAUCACGUGAUCCAAACCUAUCAAAAGUCGAGUCUCUACGUGGAAGUUUUAUGAAUGGAGAACAAAAACCACUUUUAGCUUCAAAGUACUCUGCAAUUCAAUAACACAUGCUCAACGCGAAGAAAAAUCUAUAAUAUAUACAAAACUUUAUAUAUAAUUCAAUUAUUUUCUGUAAAAURCCAUCUCGUUCACAGGCUUUUUUCGUCAAUUGUUGAGCGGGGUCUGGGAAUAAGUUACAUUCUCUCUCUUUGUUUAUUUACACWGUUAGAUAUUUCAAGAUGGUGUCUAAUGUGCGUUAUGCUGCAUAAUGAGAUGCCAUUUCUAGUGUAAAAUACAUUUUUUUUCUUACAAUUUUGUAAAUGAUUAUAAUAUGACAAUUACUGCUUACAAAACUAUUGGUGAAUAUGGUUCAUUGUAUCUUAGUAGUCUAUGAGCUAAUAAACAUGGCUGUUUUCUA